AUGUGUGGAGCUUCAGAUACCACUUUCUGUUUUCCUGCCAGCCAUCCGCCGUCGUUCUUUUUACCAGCUUUGCACCCGUCGAAAUCCAUUGGAUCCUCCUCCCUCGUCAACGCGUCGAUGCAGUCAAGCGAUGGGAAUCACGCGCUUCCGCUAUCUCUCUCAACGAUUCCUCCAUCGUCCAAUGCGACACUCAACGAGUUUCCCUCAUCACAGCAGCAGCAGCAGCAGCAGCAGCGACAGCAGCAGCAGCAGCAGCAGCAGGUAGACCGGUCGUGCAUCCAGGAGGUUGAUUUCUUUCGACCCCGCGCAGAACCUUCUGCUGACAGGCCUUUUCCGGCAACGAUCGCUGCAUCCGAGUCGGCUCCCCCUUUCCCACCCACUUGUACCGCCGGAGCGGUUCCUCUGACUCGCCAUGGGAGCCAUCAUUGCACUGAGCCAACGACCAGGUCGUGUGUCGAUCACUCAAUCGUAUCCGUAGCACCCCGACCGCGCCUCCCCUCGCCGCAGCAGAAGCCGUCGUCAGCGGGCCGAUCCCCGUUAUUGGCGUCCUCAUUAGUGGCGUCGGUAGCGGAGUGGGCCAACGUGAUGAUGCCGCCGCCAGCGACAGCGGGGACCGCCAAGAGCCCUCUGCCAGGCUCUUCGCUCACCAACGAUCUGCACAGACCCGUUACCGCCCUUCGCCGACCGACCGGCUCGUUCGGCGAAAAGCCUCGGGGAGACGACGCACCCGCGAAAAGGCCUCGAUGCGAGAGCCCGUCGCAUCAGCUGCUACCCAGUCUGAGCAGCAGCACGGCCUGCACCGCCAAUAUCCGCGAUAGUAGCCACCCCGCUAUUACGCGAUCUGGCCGAUUCAACCCGGCGACACCCGUCCCAAGCAAGUUCUCCUCCGCGAAUCUCGUGCAGGACAUUCAGAAAUCGGCGCGCGGAGACCUGUCGCUGGACCUCCCCCCGCCGUGCUGCUCCUGGAUGUGCAUCUACUUCUCCGUGCCGUGCCGCAAGAAGCGCCGCCUCGCGCCGUCCUCCACCACCAGCGGAAGGACCAACAGCGUCAGCGCCGCUGUUAGCGGAAGCAUGAUCAGCGGCGGCGGCGACAGCGGCGUGAUCAGGAGGCGGAGGGUGGCUCGCCCCGUCGCGCUUCCCGCGUCGAGCGGCACCAGCCUUUCCGGCGCGGCGGGAGCGCCUCGUAACCCGCCGCGGGAUCCGGCGGGGUGGGCGGGGAGCGUGAAGGAGGAGCGGGAGGUCUGGGCAAGGGAGGACCAAUCCAAGGCCAGCAGUAGUAAAGGCGGUGCGCAUCUGGCGAGAUGCGAGAGUGCGAACGGCGGGGAUUCGUCGGUGCACGGAGGCUUAAAUACCGCGCUGGCGUCAGCGUUAGCAGCAGCAAGAGGCGGUCCGUCAGCACCAGGGGGAAGCGUGUUUACACCGGCAGGAGCAGUCAGCCAGCCAGCAGGCGCUUCGGCUUCCGAGCUGCUGGCGUCGUACGCGGCGUCGGGCUGCGCGUCGCCUGCUCUCCGCGCGUUCCUCGCGCUCUCCCCGAACCUGUCGUCCCUGCUCAACCCGCCCUGCGCUCCCCCUUCCGCGCUGGAUGCUGCGGAUAGUGCGUCCGCGCUGCUUCGGCGGCUGCAAAGUGACUCCGCUGCUGCCGCCAUGGCUGCUGCUGCUGCUGCUCGCAUGCACCUGCUGCAACAAGCAUCGGCCGCGCAGCAGCAGCAGCAGCAGCAGCAGCAGCAGCAGCAGCAGCAGCAGCAGCAGCAGCAGCAGCAGCAGCAGCAGCAGCAGCAGCAGCAGCAGCAGCAGCAGCAGCAGCAACAGCAGCAGCAGAUGCUGCAGCAGCAACCACACCCACAAGUGGACACGCCUUGGGAUGCGCCAACUCCCCUCAGUGGUGGCGGCUGUGGCCAUUCCGCUGCUGAUCCCAGCAGCGAUCGAGUGUCGGGUUUUAUCGCAGCGGAGUCAGGCCGGGAUGCUUGGAAGGCCAAGGCUCUUGACCUCUCCCUGCGGUUGUGA